UGAGCGCGAGGGUCGCAGCCAGCUUACCAUCCAUAUUCAUCGUUCAUCGGCCAGCCUCGUGAACGUCCCCACAAGGCCCUGGGCCCUCGAGUUGGACAAUCAAGGAGGUGAAUCGCGCAGCUCCGCAGUCCUCGUGAUCAUGACCAAUCCCAGCCAAGCUCUGCCAGAGCACUGCUUUUACUGUUUCGAUGUGCUCGCGUCGGACUUGCUGGAGGGAACAUCGACAGCAAAGCCCAAUUUCGACGGUGGGGAAAAGGAAUUUCCAAUCUUUGUGACUUGGAACACGACGAAGGACGGGUCGACCAGGCUGAGAGGAUGCAUUGGCACCUUUGCUGCCAAACCUUUGGCGAAGGGGCUCGCAGAGUAUGCGAUAAUCAGUGCUUUCGAGGACACCCGCUUCAAUCCCAUUCGCGAGCGAGAGCUUCCGACGCUGGAGUGCGGCAUCUCGCUGCUCACAGCUUUCGAAGAAUGCUCAGACUGGCAAGAUUGGCAAGUAGGCCUGCACGGCAUCUACAUCCACCUGCCGAUGCAGAACGGUUCGAGGCACGAGUUGACGGCUACAUUCCUGCCGGAUGUGAUUCCGGCACAAGGGUGGAACAAAGAAGAGGCUAUCGAUCAUGCUAUCCGAAAAGCUGGGUUUGGUGGCAAGAUUGAUCAGAAAGUGAGGGAGAGCUUACGCGUGAGGAGGUACAGAAGCGAAAAGGUGUCGAGAACGUACGAGGAAUGGAAAGCGUGGAAGGCUGCUCGCCAAUCCUAGCGCUGGCAAUUCAAGUCGAAGCGCUUAUCCAGAAAGCAAAGCAAGUGAUCAUGACGGUCGAAUUCCGUUCCAAGUCUCAUUUUUCAUGAACCGCGUGUAACCUAGAGCUCCGAACAACAUGAUCGCAUCACAACGACAGCACCCAUCGCUGACCACUUCACUUCACCAAUGCACGAAUCUUGACACGCUUUGUAGCAGCAAUAAGAAUUACACAGCAUUGAUGUUGUUACCAUCGUCACGCCAACAUG